AUGCAUGAAGUAUUACUAUUGGGCGAGAUGAGUGAAACUAGGAAAAAGGAAAGAAAUGAAGAUCAAGCUGUUGGAAGCGUAUCAGUGUUCGACUAUAUCCACUUAUUGCCACCAUCAACUGUAAGUAAUUUAUCGCUACCAAAUCCAGCAUUUGCAAAACCAUUGACCAAUGAAGAGGCUAAAUUCUGUCUAGCGCUAUCCAGAUGUUCACCAAGAACUGUUAUUCUUGGAGGAACUGGCUCCAACCAGAAGAGACCUACACUGGACAGAAUGUUCGCUUCGACGUCACAAAGAAAUGAUGGUUUGCGGGCGUCUUACAAUAUCUCGUUACUUAUAGCAAAAUCCGGAAAACCGCAUACUAUCGGAGAGAAGUUAAUUUUGCUAGCCGUUGAAGAGGUUUUAAAAACUGUUUUACACAAACCUGCAUCUGAUAUCAUUAAAAGAAUUCCCUUAAGCAACAAUACUGUUGAAAUACGUAUUGAUGAAAUGAGUUCUGAUAUUGAAAGCUUCUUAUGUAAUUAUUUGCAAACGACCCAUUUCUCUAUAUAA